CAGCUGUAACCGGUUACCGGGGACUCUCAUUACACACGGCAGCGCUGUAUGGUCAAACACUACAACAAUUAGCGCACAGCUUUCUCCGGACCGGCUUUAUGAUUAAGCUACAAUCUUCAAUGAGUAAGCAUAUUCCACAGUUCUGUGGUGUUUUGGGUCACACAUUUAUGGAGUUUCUGAAGGGCAGUGGGGACUACUGCCAGGCUCAGCACGGCAUUUAUUCAGAGAAGUGAACGGUGAGCCUCACUACCUCAUCAGAAGAGAGACUUGUGUUACAGUUUUAGCGUUGGCGGGAACAGGCUUGGAGAGUGGGCAUCCACAGCAGUCAGCGGGUCUGGAUGGGGUAAAAAAAUCUCAAAGUGCACUGCCCUUGACGAACCUGCGUCUUCACUCUCACCAGAAGACCAGCCUUGUUUUCUAGAAUUUUUUUUUUUCUUUCAUUGUUCUCACUCUUAAUCCAACCCACCUCGGAUCACAGCUCUUUUCUCCUGAUUGUAUCCGCCAAUUUUUGUUACAGGAGAGCGUUAAUCCCAUUCGUUUUUAAAGAUUUAAAAGCCAAUUUGAAUAGUCAAAAAUGGCUCGAAUGAAUCGACCUGCCCCAGUGGAGAUCACUUACAAAAACAUGCGAUUUCUCAUUACCCACAACCCCACUAAUGCCACCCUUCACAAAUUCAUUGAGGAACUGAAGAAGUAUGGGGUGACCACAGUUGUUAGAGUGUGUGAAGCCACGUAUGAUUCAAACCUGGUUGUUAAAGAGGGGAUUCAGGUUUUGGAUUGGCCCUUUGAUGAUGGAGCUCCUCCUUCUAACCAGAUUGUUGAUGAUUGGCUUAAUCUGCUUAGGGUUAAGUUUAGGGAGGAGCCAGGCUGCUGCAUUGCUGUACAUUGUGUAGCAGGCCUUGGAAGAGCCCCAGUGCUAGUUGCCCUAGCCCUGAUUGAGUGUGGGAUGAAAUACGAGGAUGCUGUGCAGUUCAUACGACAAAAGCGCCGUGGAGCAUUUAACAGCAAGCAGCUCUUCUAUCUGGAGAAAUAUCGUCCCAAAAUGCGACUUCGCUUCAAGGAUUCCAACAGCCACCGCAACAACUGCUGCAUUCAGUAAAAGCUAGUUGAUCAGCCUUUCUAAAAUGUGUAAUCUAAAUCUGUAUCUAACAUGAGUAGUUUGUUCUCUUAAUUGGAAACUGUGAGAAUGUUACAAAAAUUAAGAGUGUCCUCCCCACCCUUUUGUUUUACAUUGUUCCUGUGGAAAACCUCUGUCAGCAAGUUAAAGUGCUUGUUUGCUUGUUUUUAAAGGGCAGUUGAACAUGAGCUAGGUGUUUGCAAUUAUGUUUUCAAUGGUUGGUGAUCAUGGUCCAUUCCACCUCUGCCAAACACAUAGUACGCUUUUGUCUAAAUGGUUUAACAAAAAACAAAAGUUUAAUGCAUUUGUUAUUGAUGAAUUUUAGUCUAUCUGUUAUGUCUGCCUCUAAGAAAAUCUAAAAUGCCUUAUUACAGCAGAAAUACAGCAUCUAGUGGAGGGGUUCUCAAUGGCAUUUGGAGAGGUUUCUAAAUGAGUGUGUUUACAUGCACAGCAGUACAAUGAUAACCAUUAAAAAUCAGCAUAUUCAAGAAAACCGACAACGUAAGAAACCCACAUUUACGUGAGAUUUGAAAUCAUCUGAUUAUUCCCUGCUUUUGACCUCAAAAUGUAAACAGACAUGCUCACAACACUUGUGCACAUUGGAUAAGCUGGUAGGAAUACUUCUAAAGGUGUUUACAUGCAACACAAAAUCGGGGUAAUGAUCAAAAAUCUAUGUGAUCUGAUUGUUUUUUGCUUAAAUGAUUUCUUCCCAUUUCACUUUGCAUGUACACACAUUUACUAGGGUUCUUGCCAGCUUAACCAAUGUGCGCAAGUGUAGUGCUCGAGCAUGUUUACGUUUUGACAUUAAAAGCAGAGAAUAAGGUCAGAAACAUACUUUACACAAGUACACUUACACAGAUGUGAGCGCUUUGGCCAAUGAAUUGCCAAUGCGCGGUCCGGUUGAACAUACAUAAUGUGCAUUCUUGCGUUACUGUGGCAGUUAAAAAUCUCCGUACUCAAGAGGACGACAACCUUUUAAAGUCUGUGCCAAUAAACUAAAUGUGAAAUAAUUAUUUUAACUUACAUGCUUAGCUAUAUGUUAUCUUCAAACUGUUGCUUUGCCUUGAGAGUAGCUGGCUUAAAAGAGAACUUGCCAUUGAAGCAAUCAGUUCGCACUAAUGUUUGUUAUACCGGCCCUUGCGGCAACAUUGAGAAUGCCACGCGUAAUUACUACACAGGAAAUCGAGCUUGCGUAGCUUGAUGCGCCUGCGUUCAUUGCGUAGAUUAUAUUUUGGGCUCAAAUCGAUGAUUUCAGAUCUCAUGCAAAUGCGGUAUUCUUGUGCUGUCUGAUUUUUUUGAAUAUGCUGAUUUUUGAAUGUUGUCAGCCUGUUGGUGUGCAUGUAAAAACAUUUGAUGUCCUUUAUGGGAAGAGAGGGAAAAAGAGGAAAACAAAAUCUCUUCAUAUAAAUGUAUUGAAGGUUGGAGUAAUAGUUUUUGUUGUUUAUCCAAACUUUGUUUACCUAUUACUGCCAUGUCAAUAGUGUGAUGUUUGUGUUUUGGCUUAAAACAGGAAUUCAAUGUUUAAAGGCAUUUUUAGGCCUUUUUAUUUGAUGUGCAUAACUUAAUAUUUCAAUACUUGAUUUAUGUACAGUAUUUGAAAAUGUGUACUGUUAAAUCACCUAUUUAUAUCAAUGGAUAUGUGUUUUAGUUUAGUGAGAGAUAAGUUGCAACAAGUCUGCCAAUUUAAGAGUAAAAUAAAGGAAGAUACACUGAAGGAA